CGUACUGGAGCUACAAACGAGAAUCCACGUGACGUCAUUAUGGCCACUGGUAGCUAAAGUGACGAGCAAAUUGGAAUGAACGACGACAGAGGCGUCUGUUUUAUUUUAUCAUUAUAUAGGCAUUGCUAAUAUUUACAGCAAGGUAAAUUAACACUCAAGUUCAAGACUGUGUAUCACCUACGAUGUCAAGGCACGAAGGUGUGAGCUGUGAUUCUUGCCUUAAGGGCAACUUUCGAGGUAGACGUUACAAGUGUCUGAUAUGCUAUGACUAUGAUCUCUGCUCUACAUGUUAUGAGGCUGGUGCAACUACUACCCGUCACACCACAGACCAUCCUGUGCAGUGCAUAUUGACACGUUCAGAUUUUGAUAUGUACUACGGUGGAGAAGCAUUGACAGCAGAGCAGCCACAGUCUUUCACCUGCCCAUACUGUUGUAAGAUGGGUUUUACUGAUGCCACCUUGCAUGAACAUGUAACAGCAGAGCACACAGACGUCUCACUUGAAGUGGUUUGCCCUAUAUGUGCCUCUAUACCUGGUGGUGAACCUAAUCAUGUGACAGACGACUUCGCUUCACAUUUGGCUCUUGAACAUCGUACUCCUAGAGAUUUCGAUGAACCGCCAGGCCUUCGUCAUGUGCGUCGUAUACCUCACCCAGGUCGGGGUGGUGGCUCACGAACACGUCGUGCCAACAUGCAUUUUGGUUCUUCUGCCAACACCCUAACAGGUCUUUCUCCCAGUGGCCGUGAAAACAUGGACCCAAUUGCAGACGUUCGUGAGUGGAUGCCGGGAUAUAGCAUAAGAGAGCUGCUGUCACAGCUUUCAAAUGUGAGGAGUCGAGCUGCUGCAGCACAGAGUGUUUCAUCACAACUACAACAACUUGAGAUGCAGUUGCAGUCAACCAGGUUUAUGACCAUGUCUGCUAGACAACAGCUAGAGCGCAUGCCCCGGCGGCAGGCAGAGGCCAGCAAGGCACCUAAUCCUAGUGCGACAACUACCACUGUCUGCAACCCUGAAGCAGUGUUGACCACCCAGGCUCCCACCGCUAUGGACUCGCAAUAUCUGCUAGCCAAGAUUUUGGAUGAUGGAGCAAACAAUGGUAUUACUGGUAAUGGGGAAUUGGACCAGACAGAGCGCAACAUGUUUGUGCAGGAGUUACUGCUUUCUACACUUACUGAACAGCUAGAACUGGCCACUCAUGUUGAUGACCCAUCGUUUCUGCUUGAUUCUCUUCGCUCACCAGAUUUUGAUGCCAGGAAGAGGGCUGUAUCUUUAGGAGCAGAAGCAAGUUCUAGCAAUAGCAGAGAGGGAGCUGCAGGGGGCAAGGCUGUUGCCACAGAAGUACAGUGCAACAGUAAAGGCAGAUUAGGGGGAGGAGUACAGCCAUCUAGCAGAUCUUUAUCUCACCCUGCUUCCAACACCAGACCUGGGACAGCAGCAAUAAGCAGCCUGACACAGGAUGCAAAGAAUGGCACGUUGUCGGCUCAUGGUUCUUCUGUUACGCAGAAUUCUACAGCUGCCUAUCAGUCUCCCUCCCUGCGCCCUGCACUGGUGCCUGCUUCUCCAACACAGUCUUCUAUGCAGCAACCACAGCCACAGCAGCCACAAGGAUCAGGUGUGACUGUGGGUCACGACCAUGCUGUGCCCUUAUCCCGUCAAGCGGCAGCAAGUAUUUCAGCACGAGACGGUGGUCGCCUGAACCCAGCAGCAGCAGCAAAGCGCAGCAUGCUGAAACACUUGCCAGCGCGAGGAGGAGCCACGGACACAGAGCCUCCGCCACACUAAUGGUUGGCCAGUCACCUGAAUAUUUCCUUAUCUAGUGCUACCCUUCUGCAGGGUGUCUUUUCCCAGUUAUGUACUGUGGGCUUUUUUAAAAAAUAAUAUUUGUUCUGUUGUUGACAGAGAUGUUGAAAAUGUGUACAAAACCUGAUAAAAAUCCUCCUAGAUUUGCGAUGUGCAUCUGCUUGAGAUCUUUGCUACAUUUUGUGUGUUUGUGUGUCCAGUAGACAAGAAGGCAGAAAUCAUUUUACACAGGGGAGGGUGCACACUUGCACACACAGUCAUUAACAGAAUUGAAGGUAUAUUAUGAAAAAAUAUUUCAUUUAGGUCCUGUCUGACUAGUAUAUAUUUUUUUAAGCCCCUUCAUAUAUAAAAAUUGAUCUUGCUGGUAGAAGACAUCAGUAUGGAAUACAAAUUUUUUUUUUUCUACAAACAUUGCGUUAAAAAUAUUGUGCAUCACUGGAACUGGAAAAGCUUUGCGAUAAAUAGCAGUAGCACAUUAAUGAGCCAGCUAUAGACAAUUGCUCUUAUCACAUCAUGAUGUUUAGAGCCAUAAUUUCAUUGUGUGAACCAUGUUUUAUUUUUUGCCAUCACAACCACACAUGCUCUGAAGCUGAAGGAAAUUAAACCUGUUGCACUAACUAAUUUAUGCUAUGACACUUUUUUAUGUACCCAAAUUUGACAUCUUUCUAAUAAACAGGUUGGUCUGCAUGCCUACUCUGGGAUGGGGGGUGAUGUCUUGGUACAGAAGUUGAAUGUUAUGACAGUGUAGAUGUCCCAGAAAUCAUACCCUAGGCACAAACCUCAUUUAAGGAAGAUUUUUUCAUUUAUUUUUCUUAGAAUAGGAUGACCAUAACAGUUCUUGUUUUUGACAUCCUGUUAUAUGUAACAUUUGAUACCAGAUAGUUGAAGAUUCUGUAUGCUGUAAAAUGGAAAAAAAUUAUGAUAUAAACCCUGUGAUAUCUGAUCGUCUUGUCCCCUUUCUCACUUGCUGAUUUCCAUCUGGUUAACGUAUGUUAAAGCAUCAAUUUCCUUUUGUGUUUGUGUGUGCGUGCAUGUAUGUAUGUGCAUAUGAAAUGGUUUGUUGUACCUGUCAUGUGGCAAGAUCACUUUGUGAUGACUCUUGGGUGAUGGUCAUAAGUUUAACCUUAACCUGAUGUGAUGAAUCGCUAUAGCAUGUUGAGUGAAGUCUUGACCUUCUGAUGUGCAUGUGUAAAUGCUGAAAUAAGAAAACACCACCCACCUCUCAUUUUAAACGUUGGCAUUUCAUUUAGUCUCAUGGAUACCUGCAUAAAUUGGUGCCUAAACUAGGUAAGAUUUUCAGUUAAAGACAUACUGACCUAACAGCUGAUUCCAAGAGUAAUGCUGCCAUCGUAAUACAUCAGAUUCUAGUUCUUUUCAACAGCUUUUGCAUUGAUGAGGAUUCUUGGAGUGGGUAUAUUUGUUUUUUGAAAAUGAAGAGCCUAGGUAUAGUUUUGGGUCUUGUGAUAAGGUAAUCAUUUUAUUGCCUCAGUUGCUUAAUUCUUCUAAGAACAGAAAAGUGUUUUGACGAUUUUUGUGGAUUGUUUCAAGUAGUUCUUAUUAAAAAAAAUAGGGAUGACCAUUUUACAAGUAUUUGUUUCUGAAAAGGCUUGAAUUUAUUAUAUUUUGUAAAUUGCUUUUAAUAAAAAUACAAAAUUUGCUCAUUUAAUAAAUGAGCCAUAAAAUAAACAUAAGAGUACUUUUUGCAGCCGGAUAAAGAACACAUGUUAAAUCAUCUUCUAGUCUUUAUUUUUCAAUAUUUUAUGCUGCUUUUUGAUGGGGUGAGAGGGGUUGAGCAAAAUGGAAUAAGCAUUUCUCCAAGUUUGCAUAUGUCAUCCACUGACAGGUUUUGGCAUUCUUAUGCAUAAAAAACAUGUAAUGUGUAGCAUGAAAAAGAGUGUUGGCCUCUAAGACCUUGAUUUUGGGGUUGGGUUUGUUUUUGUUUUUGUUUUAUGGUUUUUUUUUUUGGUUUUUUUUUUUUUUUUGGUGAGAUUCAUACCAGUUAAUAUCAGCAUGGAUGCCAAGGUGUAUACAACAUUCCCAAAUAUUGAUUCCACAUAAUUCUACCAUCUACCUUAUUUGGUGUUUCCUGCAAAGUGCAUCACAGUCUUUUUUCCUAGCCUUUUAAGGCAGAGAUAUUAAGAAUUAGUUUUCAUAAAUCUGUACUAUCCUGGAAGGUAUUCUAAUGAAAAAAUUGAUGAGUAUUCAAAAAUAUGAAUGAAAUUAGUUGCUGAAAGCAAAACAAUUUUUUUGAAAGUAGUACUUUUGUGCCCUGUCCAUAAUCUUUUUUGGUUUAGACCCAUUGAAACUACGAUUAAUUGGUACUUCAUGUGUUUCUGUAGGUCUUUUUCUUUUUUGCAGUGAUCUAUGCUAUGAUGCAAGGAGUGGUGAAUGGAGGCUAGAAGCAUAUCAGAGUGCUAAGUACGGUUUUUUGAUGCGGAAUAAGCUGGGCUUGUGCUUUUUUUUUUAAUUGUUCAUUCCAAAUUAUACCCAAAAUAUGGUGUUGUAAAGCUUUAUUUCUUUCUUUCAGUCAUUUAAACAAUUUUUAUAUGUUAGUCUUCGUAUUGAUGUUAUUAAACGAGUCGUUAUAAGAGUUAUUUUUCAUGGGUCAGAGCAGUCAGGGUUCUUGAAAGUGUGCAAAACAUAUGAAGGGAAAUGGCAAAGAAAUGUUUCAAAUAAAAUGCACUGAUUGGUUGGACUUUGUCAGACUUCCAUGUUUUCAAAGCAUAAGUGAAAAGUUGCACCCUGGCAUUGACUUGGUUUGAGCAGUUUUUGACAGAUUGUUGCAAACUCCAAGGAAACAUUAGGAUUUGUCAGUCAAAUUUAAGAGAUGAAGAAGGGACUAUUUCAUUUGACGUAAUGAAGAUUGGUGUUCUUAAUGCAAGGAUAUGGUAUUUCCAGCUGUGUACAUGGAGGUUUUAUUAGCACCAUCUGUGAAAUGGCAAUACUUAUUAAAAUCUGAUGCUCCCAGACUAUUUCUUUAGCAUAUUUUUCUUUGUGAGAGUGUGUUUGUGUAUGCGGCCUUUCUGCUAAUGUGUCUCAUUUCUAUUUUAUAUUUUUCUGGCAAUUACAGAAAGUGGUAUCCAUAUUUUUUUCUGAAUAUCUGAACAUGUAAAUGAAUUGUUGACCAUCCUCCCCUGUUUAACAUGUGUGAAGAUGUUUGUAAUAAGUAUUGCUAUGCCAGGUUUUUUUUUGUUUUUUUUGUUUUGUUUUUUGUUUGUUUAGGCUUUUGAUUAACUGAAGACUACUUUUGUAUAGUCACUGACAUUUAAAAUAUGGAGAAGUAAGGGCAGGUGUAUAGUAACUGCAUUUCAAUAUGCUGCCUGGCUUUUCCUCAAAGAGAUUGGUUCUAAAGUUUUAGAUCAAAAUCUUUUGUUCUUAUGUAAUGAGCUACAAGGUCAGUGGAAAUAGCAGAGACUUUUAUCUGAGUGAAAGAAUUGUAUCAUAUGCUGCAUAUGAGAAGAUUGGUUCAUAUAAUGUGUUGAUAUGCAGGAAGACAAGUGAUUCAUGUUCCAUGUUUUGCACGUGAGGGGGAAAAUAACGUUCAGAGAACGUUUCCAUGUCUUUCACAAGUCUUGUGCACAGUGGGGAAAAAAAAUAGGUGCAAAUGCUGAGGUUUCUUGAGCGAACCAUGUUUCUUUUGAGCCCCCCCCUCCACCAAUUCUUCUUCAGACUGCUUAUUCCUUUAUGGAUGCAGCACUUUUCAUGUUUUGUAAAUCAUUGAGACCAAAUGAGCCUGCUCAUUUUUCCUGGGCAAGAGGCAUGGGAUUGAAACACUUUGACAAAAUUAAGGUCAGUUGUGACAUCCAAGACCUGAAAGGCUUGGAGACCUGUGCAAAUAUGCCUCAUUCUUCACACCAGCAUAUUCCAGCCUUCACUGUACACGUUUUGACACAGUUGUGUUGGGUGGUUCUUACAUAACAUGCCACUGAAACCUCCUGUAGUAGCUUUUGAUUGAGGAAAAAAUAUGUAUUUAUGGGGUCAUUUCAGUACUAAAAUGAUGAUGGUGCAUGUUUGUACCUAUGUUGAAAAUUAAAUGAAUUUGAGAUGGAA